AAUAGCAAAGCAAAAAUCAUUCCCAUACGAGUAAAACAGCAGAUCGAGACGAGGCAAAGAAAGGGUUCAAAAGAUCAGUAGAUCGAAACAAGGCAAAGAAAGAAUCCAAAAGAUUAGCAGAUUGAGAUGAGGCAACUGUAUAAGAAUGGGUUCCGGGCAAUGCCCUGUUCAUAAUCAGAGACAUAGGUAAUAAAUUUGGCAGCUUUUUUAUCAAGAGCCUCUAAACGUUGGAUCGAUGUGUGUGUCUUCCCAGUCACUGGAUGGGCGGGAGGUAUGUUGAACGCAGCAGUUCUUCCGUAGCUCCAUCGAUGAUCAAACGUACUGUCCAUGGGGCUUGUCAUUACCUUGCAGCAACUGCUGCUGAAAUUUCCCCAUUAUCUUCUACCCAACCGACAUUUUGUUAUAACUACACUCGCCUUCUCCGUUCUUGCAAAGAUUUGAAAUCUCUUUUUCAGAUCCAUGCACACUUACUACUCUUAGGAAUCAAACCUGAUGAUUCCACAUCUAUUCAACUUGUAAAUUUGUACUCGGUAUUUCAUAAACCGGACUUUGCUCGCUCCGUCUUCGAUUCUGCAUCAAAAUAUAAUAACGUUCUAUGGAACUCCAUGAUCAGAGGCUAUACUAAAAGCAAUCAAAACAGGGAAGCUCUCAAACUGUACCACAAUAUGUCAAAGAGCGGGGUGGAACCCGAUAAAUAUACAUUCACUUUUGUCUUAAAAGCUUGUACUAGAGCUUCAGAUUUGGAAGAAGGUAUUCUGAUUCACCGUGAGAUCUCCAGGAAGGGGCUUGGCUCUGACGUAUAUGUCGGGACCGGUCUUGUUGAUAUGUAUUCCAAAAUGGGUAAAAUAAGAACUGCCCAAAAAUUGUUUGACGAAAUGCCUGAAUUGGAUGUUGUUGCUUGGAAUGCCAUGAUUGCAGGUUUCUCUCAGAGCUCUAAUCCUCGAGAGGCCUUGGACUUUUUCCGGGAGAUGCAGUUAGUGGGAGUAGAACCCAACUCAGUGAGCUUUUUAAACUUGUUCCCUGCGAUUUCUCAAUUAUCAGCUAUUCUAUUGUGUAGGUCUGUUCAUGCUUUUGUAGUUAAGAGAGCUUUCCCUUCUGCUGUUACAAAUGGGUUGAUUGAUAUGUACUCGAAGUGUGGUGCUACAGUUGUUGCACGACAAGUUUUUGACCAUCUGUUGCACCAUGAUGAUGUUUCAUGGGGAACAAUAAUGGCUGGAUAUGUUCAUAAUGGCUAUUUUCUAGAGGCCUUGGAAUUAUUUGAUUGUUUGAAAGAAGGAAAUCUGAAACUGAAUCAUGUCUCGGCGGUAAGUGCACUUUUGGCUGCAACUGAGAUGAGAGAUAUAGAGAAAGGAAGGGAGAUCCAUGAUUAUGCAACUAGAGAAGAGAUUGAUUCAGAUGUUUUGGUUGCUACUCCGCUUAUUACAAUGUAUGCAAAGUGUGGAGAAUUAGAGAAGGCAAAAGACUUAUUUGAAGGCAUUGCAGGAAAGGAUAUAGUUGCUUGGUCAGCAAUGGUAGCUUCUUUUGUACAGAAUGGGUAUCCCCAUGAAGCCUUGUCCUUUUUUCGAGAAAUGCAGAAAGAAAAUUGUAGACCAAAUAGGGUUACUAUAGCGAGUAUCCUUCCAGCUUGUGCAGAUCUAUCAGCUGUGAAGUUAGGGAAAAGUGUACACUGUUACAUUUUAAAAGCUAAUGUUGAUUUGGAUGUUUCAACAGGAACAGCCCUAGUGGCCAUGUAUGCCAAGUGUGGAUUUUUUACUCUAGCUCAUGUUGUAUUUGAUCGAAUGGUCUAUAAAGAUGUUGUAACCUGGAAUGCUUUGAUAAAUGGGUAUGCUCAAGCUGGUGAUGCAUAUCUUGCCAUGGAAAUGUUCCAUCAAUUGCUUUUGGCAGGGUAUUACCCAGACUCAGGAACCAUUGUGGGAGUUCUUCCAACUUGUGUCCUAUUGGAUGCCCUAGAUCAAGGUACAUAUGUCCAUGGGAAAAUUAUUAAUAGUGGGUUUGAGUCAGACAUUCAUGUAAAGAAUGCUCUAAUAGACAUGUAUGCAAAGUGUGGAAACCUUUCAUCUGCUCAAUUACUGUUCAAUGAAACUGAAUUUACCAAGGAUGAGAUAUCAUGGAAUACAUUAAUUUCUGGGUACAUGCAUAAUGGGUGUGCCAGGGAAGCCUUAUCUGCUUUCCACCAGAUGAAAUUGGAGAAUCUUCAGCCUAAUUUAGUAACUUUUGUGAGUGUCCUUCCAGCAGCUGCAUAUCUAGCAGCCCUAAAGGAAGGUAUGGCUAUUCAUGCAUGUGUAAUCAAAGCAGGUUUUGAGUCUAGCGUACUCACUGGAAACAGUCUCAUUGAUAUGUAUGCCAAAUGUGGGCGGCUUGAUUAUACGCAGGAUCUUUUUAAUUCCAUGGGCAAUAAAGACACAGUGUCAUGGAAUGCAAUGCUUGCGGGUUAUGCUAUACAUGGAUAUGGAAAUUAUGCUAUUGAACUUUUCUUUCAAAUGGUCAAGAAUGCUGUUGAAGUUGAUUCGGUGACAUUUCUCAGUGUCUUGUCUGCAUGCAGACAUGUAGGUUUAAUAGAUGAGGGGAGGAAGAUUUUCAACUCCAUGAACUCUGAAUACCACUAUGAACCGGGACCUGAACACUAUGCUUGCAUGGUGGAUCUGUUAGGCCGUGCAGGACAAUUGGAUGAAGCUUGGGGUUUAAUCCAGAAAAUGCCAAUGGCACCAGAUGCUGGUGUUUGGGGGGCCUUGUUGGGGGCAUGCAGAACGCACUCUAAUGUGCCAUUAGGAGAGGUGGCAUUGGAUCACCUUGUUAGACUAGAACCUCAAAACCCUGCUCAUUAUGUCGUCCUCUCAAAUAUUUAUGCUCAAUGUGGCAGAUGGAGUGAUGUGGGGAAGAUGAGAGAUAAUAUGAGUAACAGACGGUUGAUGAAAAUUCCUGGAUGCAGUUGGGUUGAGAUCAAGGACAAAGUUCAUGCAUUUAGAACAGGUGACCAGACCCACCCCCAAUUGGCGAGCAUGAGUGGGAUCUGGGAUGGUUUACUUGAGAAGAUGAAGAAGAUGGGGUAUGUCCCUGACACGAGUAGUGUGCUUCAUAAUGUGGAGGAAGAAGAGAAACAAUCGUUCCUCCAUAGUCACGGUGAAAGACUGGCAAUAGCUUUUUCUCUUCUAAAUACACAACCUGGAGUGACCAUCAGGAUAGUUAAGAACCUUCGUGUUUGUGGGGACUGCCACAUUACAACAAAGCUAAUUUCGGAGAUCACAGGCCGUAGGAUAAUUGUCAGGGAUGCCAGUCGUUUCCAUCACUUUGAAAAUGGAAGCUGCUCAUGCAAGGAUUAUUGGUGACUAGUGAAAAUCACAAUCUUUUUGACUAAGGAGGGCAGAAAUAAAAUUCUCUUUUGUAACUAUGGCCCAUAUCAGUGGAGAGAUCAAUUGGAAAUAUGGGUUAAAGCUUUAUUUAAUUGUGAAGAACACCGCAGUCACAGCGUCUAGGCGACCCAAGGCAAUGGUGAGGGUCCAAAAAAUAACGCGACACCAACAAGGUGACCAAGGAGCCCAUGUCGACCAAGACACCAAGGCAUCGCCUUGACAACUAUGCGCUUGUCUUCUGUCCUUAUUUUUAAAGAAUUUUAAAGUGGGUCCCCACACAGUUAAGUUCACUUUCAAGUUACGCUUAUCUAUUGUCAGAAAAGUCGGUACUGUCACUUACUAUAUGGCUCUUUAGCCUAGCCAUGAUCCAUGAGGCCUAUAUCAUCUUAUUUAUUGUAUAUAUCAUGGCAAUGGCUGGAGCUUUCUUAUUGAUAGAAGCAUGAGAUUCUUCUCUCUUCUAAUUCCAUUUUUUUUUUUUUUUUUACUUUUUUUCUCCAUGAAACAUUAUUAUUUGAUAACUAUUUGUUUGAUAUUUUUGUCACAGAAUGCUACAGCUCUGCUUGAAGUGAUCCAACUCAGUUCAACUCUACUCUACAAAGCCUUUAUCCCAACUAAUUGGAUUCACCUGCACAAUUGCUGUGCUUGAAGGUAAGUAAAAAGGGCAUAACCAGUGCAUGAGGCUUCCGCCACUGCGGGGUCUGAGGAGGGUCAUAAUGUAUGCAACCUUACCCCCGCUAGGUGGAGAGGCUGUUUCCCUACUCAAACCCGCAACCAUUAGAUCGCAAUGGAGCAACCUUACCACGCUGAGGUCUGCGCUUUCUGUGCUUGAAAUUGAAAAUCAUGAAAUAGUGGGAACAGCAGCAGAUCUCAAUAUACUUGGAAAUACUAUGCAUGGGACUGUCUCAUCCAUUUACUGUGGCAGAGCUUCUGGAUGAGAGGAGAGCAUUUCUAAAUCCAGAUGCUUGCAUGGCUACAUGGCUUAAGAUGGCUAAAAUUCCUAAAAGUCUGGAAGCAAGGUAUUUGUGAACUUACCUUUGCAUUACGGAAACUGAAUCUUAGGUUCAAAGUGUGUGUUACAAUCUGUAUGAAGUAUAGUUAAGGAUGUAAAUGCCUAGUUGAAAUCCGUAUCCAAAUUGUGUUUUUAAUCAUUUAGGAAAAUCCGUAUCUGAAAAUCUGUAUCCGGAAAUUAUCCAAAUCCGUUCAGAAGAUCUGAUUAUAAUAUUUUUAUAAAUAAUAUUAUAAUAUUUGUAUAAAUAUUAUUUUAUAAUACUAAAUGCCUUUAUUGGUUCAUAACAUAUUACAUAUAAUUAAAUGAGAAAUUAAAUGAAAAAAAAAAAAAAAGAUUCAUGAGGACAUCUAUGUAAUGUAAUUUCGAAUAGGAUCCCUUCAACAUCAACCCUAUUGAGUAGUGGCUUCAGUCCAACAUCAACCCUACUCAAGUUUUCAUCUUCUCUAGUCCUCCACUUGAUGCAGACAACUAGGAUGCAAAUUGAUAGUAAAAAAUCCGUAUGUAAUUUUGAAUAGGAUUCUUCAACAUCAACCCUAUUGAGUAGUGGCUUCAGUCCUUCAACAUCAACCCUAGUCAAGUUUUCAUCUUCUGUAGUUCUCCUCCACUUGAUGCAGACAACUAAGGAUGUAAAUUGAUAGUAAAAAAUCGGUAUCUGAUUUGCAUUUAAUAUUUUUAGCGGAAUCUGUAUUCAAAAAAUUGAAAUCCAGAAAUGUCCGAUCCGCUAGGAAGCUAAUUGAAUGCCAAUGCAGAUAGUGUUAUAUCCGAUCCGAUUUGUACUCAAUCCGUUUAAUCUCUAAGAUCACUCUCAUUCAUAUACAAUCAUAUCCCUAAUGUUAAUCAUAUCCCUAAUGUUGAUUCAACCCAAGGCUUAUUUCUAAUAAAAUAAGCCCAUUAAAUGACUUAUCUGCAUCACUCUUUCUCUCUCUGGGUUUCAAAAGAGGCCCUUUGGACAGACUUCCAGUUUUGAAAACUUUAGAAGAGAAAUAAGUAAUAUGAAUUACCAUGUUUUAAUAUACCACUACUGACUGCCACAUCUUGUGGAGCUUGCCACCAAUCAGAACUUAACUGAAGUCGGUUAUGAUUUGAAAUGUAUGUUCUUUACAUGCUACAGGAAAUGUUACUUUUAGAUCUGUAUUAUGGCAUGCAUUGAAUACUUUAUUCUUAAAUAUGUCUCUGUUGUACAAAGAUGUGGAUCAAAACUGAGUGUGAAAUAUUUCAACUUAUGGCUAAUGAGUAUUGAUCAAGGAGCUUUGACGCGUUGCACCUUUCUUAUAUGAUAAGUGGGUUUUGCAAGAGGAUCUACACUGUAUAUCAGGACAUUAAUGAGUUGAAAAUUAUAAAGAAAACUAUGGUAACAAAAAAAAUAUAUGAGUUUAUGUUUACUUUUGCUUUUUCAAGGUAAGUUAUUUAUCUAUGCGAAGGCUACUACACUAUUUUCUGUCUUCUGUCAUCAUUCAUUCUUUCCAUUUUCCUUUCUUUUAUUUUAUGUACAAAAGUCUAGAAGUUUUGUCUGCUUUUACCAAUGUUGUAAGUCCUUUAUGUUCCCAUCUUGUGACAUUUCUAUUUAUUUACUUAGUUUAAAAAAUAAAAA